UAUCAGAAUUAGUCAUGAGCAAAGCCCAAAGUUUCAAGAAAAAGGAGUUAUACACCUCCACUUCCUUAACAGAUCUUGCUGAUCUGUCUCCUAAGAUCAAGGAGGAGGACUCAAUCUGAGAAGUUGGCUCCAAGCACUCUACAAGGAGCACUGGGAGUUCAGACAUUAGUUCAUCAGAAAUACCAGUUUCUAAACUUGGCAAACCAGUGAACUUUAAUGUUGGAAUUACUGGGGUAAAAAUCAUCGAUAAAUCAACUUCAAGAAUCUACGUCGACAAACCUAGCUAUACAUCUACUCUUACAAAGAGGCGAACUCCACUUAAGGGAGCUAGCAUAAGGAGUAAGAGAAGGAUGACUAUUCUCCAAAAAUCUGUGGCUGCACGAAUUAAUUUAAGAAGAAAGUAUGAAACUGAUGUAAAAAUCCAAACACUCCAGCUGAAUGAUUUUCCUGUGUAUAUCUAUAACAAGUCAAGAAUUGAGGAUACUGAAGCUAAAAUGCAUAAAGUGCAUAAGAAGAUCAACAGUGGAUUUUUAAAGUGUUGCAAAAUUUUAAAUAGUAACUCAAACUCAUCAGAUGGAAUAAAGAGGUGAACUUCGUCUACUAAAAGGCGUUUCUCCAACUCUUCUUCAAAAGCAAUCUACAAAGAUGUCGGAUAUACUGAUGACUAUAAGUUGCUUUCAGACACUCAGACAUGUAAAAAGUUCCAACGGGGGCGUCUAAAGUUCUCCCAACUGAAGAUGCACACUGAGAUGGAGGAUUCGCCGAUCAGGAUGGGGUCUACAAUACAUGAAUUUUCACAUAAAAAGCAAGGGUUUUAUCCGAAAAAUAGUCAAGAGAGCAUGCUGUCAUUCCAAAAGACUCAAAAAUUUCAGCAUGUAUCAGCUUGGCCUAACCAAUUGAGGGACUUCAUGUCGGUCUCUAUGAGUAGAAGUCCUCUAAAAUCUAGCAGUAGAGGCUACAAUACGGAUUUGGUUGCUAAAUAUCUGCAAAAAUAUACGAAUUUCACAAAAGGUAACACUAAUCAACCAAUAAAAACCAUGACGAAAGACAACAGAAAUCAUGAGGAUCCCUGAAAGAAGUUCCUGAAGAGCAGGCUAUCAAAGAAGAAGCCGAGGAACUUAAUAUCUAUCAUCAGAGAUAGAGACUGUAGUGAUGAUUUGGAGGUUUAUCAGUCAGCCAAAAGCAAGGUCCAAUGGACUAUAUCCAGAGUUAACCCCAUCCGAUCAAUAUAAGAUAACAGUAACAGUUUCA